UAGCAGAAAGCUGCUCUGACCCAGCGGAAGUAAUUCUUUCGACUGCCCCGGAACCCACAGGAGCAGGCAGCUGGGGGCGGGGGGGCCGCCCUGGGAUAGGGGCUGUGGCAGUACGCGGGGACCCGGCUGCGGUGGCUGCGGGGCUGACGAUUGAGUCUCGGGCUGGGGCGGAAACGGAGCUCCGGAAGCUACUAAAGUUCCUGGGGAAGCAAAGUAGAAUUUCAUAAGAACAAAAUGGAUGGAGAGGAGAAAACCUAUGGUGGCUGUGAAGGCCCUGAUGCCAUGUAUGUCAAAUUGAUAUCAUCUGAUGGCCAUGAAUUUAUUGUAAAAAGAGAACAUGCAUUAACAUCAGGCACGAUAAAAGCCAUGUUGAGUGGCCCAGGUCAGUUUGCUGAGAACGAAACCAAUGAGGUCAAUUUUAGAGAGAUACCUUCACAUGUGCUAUCAAAAGUAUGCAUGUAUUUUACGUACAAGGUUCGCUACACUAACAGCUCCACCGAGAUUCCCGAAUUCCCAAUUGCACCUGAAAUUGCACUAGAACUGCUGAUGGCUGCGAACUUCCUAGAUUGUUAAAUAAAAUAAAUUAUAAUAAACUGUUAACUCUUUUCAGUAUUUAAUACCUGUAGUUCAGUUAGUAACUUUUUCAUAUAUAGCAUGUUGCCUGUAUGCAGUUGAACUAUAUAAAGUUCAUUGCAAAGCAGAUUAUCUUCUGUUUUUUUGCAUAGCAAUCAAAGUUGAAAUUUGUUUGCUACAUCAACAAAUUAAGGACAUUUUCACAAACUGAGAAAUAAACAAAUAUGCCAAUUCGUAGGUGGUUUUGCCUUAUCCUUUGAAUGUGACUUAAAAUCAGCAAUGAUGAUAUAGUAAAUACUGAAAUUUAGGCAUAAAUUAACACAUUCUACAGGGAAAUAAUGGGGCUAAGUAUUUUUAUGUUUUUAGUGGUUUUUUAGAAACCUAUUCUGAUCUUAUAGCUGCCGUUAGCAUUACUAGAGUUAUGCAAAUAAUUGCAUUAUAAACAUUUUUAUAACUUAGCCAAAACAUUUUUAUAACUCUCCAAGUAUGAGUUGAAAUUUCUUAUGUCUUUUGAUAAACUGCAGUAUUCUUUAAGUGUGCUUUGUCCUUUUGUUUAUUGCUAUAAUUUAAGAACUUUAUUUAAAAACAAUUUUGGAAGGUUACUAGGUACAACUUUUGCAGAAGUAACUGAACUGUAGCCAGAUGGUCAACAAGUAAACUACAUGACUUAGAGUUCUUGUGCAUUAUACAUUUCAGAUAAUUCAAAGUACUGUAUUUGCAUUGACUAUAAAGCGUCUUUUGCAAU